GGGUGAGCAAUCCGCGUGUUUCCCCCCUCCCCCAAGCGUAAAUACACGUUUUUCCCCCGGCCUUGUGCUUGGUGGGCAAAGGCGAAUGAACAAUCGCCUGCCCCAUGGCCCGAGUCGGAAGUGAAUAUCGCUGCUGUAUAAAAACCACCGGGUUUCUCAAUUAGCCCAUCACAGCUUCGAGAAACUCAGCAGCAGCAGCAACAAGCGAAGCAGCGAAAGAUAAAAAAAAAAUCAGUGUUUCGUAGCAACAUUUAUCGAGUCUCAUAAGCACCAACAGCAGAAAUCAUGAAAACCUCAUUGAUGCUGGCAAUCGUUGCGGCCAUCAUUUGCAUGUUGGUGUCCAUGAUGAACGCGUCACCGGCGCCACAAUUCGGACAUGGACACGGAGGCUUCGGAGGCGGCCACGGGCACGGACACGGACACGGGCACGGACACGGGCACGGGCAUCACCACCACAGGCCUCACCACCACCACCACCAUGGACACGGACAUGGUCAUGGUCAUGGACAUGGACAUGGGCAUGGACAUGGGCACGGAUUUGGUGGGAUUUUCGGUUGAGCAGCAAAAUUAUUGAUGCGAACGACGUGAAAAGAAAAUGCGAAAAGCUGUUCGAUAUACAUGAUGUUGGAACUGGCUGCGAUGAAGUUCG